AUGUCUCAAGAUCUACCUCGAAUGACCACCCGCGUCCUCAGGGUUCCUCAAGGGGACUUGGGGAAAUUUAGAGAAGAUGAGGGAUAUGAAAAAUUAGGAUUAUGGGAAAUAUCUCAGAACAAAUCACCCAGUCUUGAAAUUCUUCAUGAGGCGGCGAAUUACCUCAAAACCAAGGAUAUACCCGUUGCAUUUCCAACUGAGACUGUUUAUGGGCUUGGGGCAGAUGCGACGAGAAGCGCAGCGGUCAGGGGUAUAUAUACCGCGAAGAGGCGACCUGUGGAUAACCCCCUGAUUAUUCAUGUAUCGGAUUUGGAGAUGCUUCGAAAUGUUUUAACGCCUGAGAACGCAUCUAACGGCACAACGAAUAAAGCUCGUGAUGGGAUACCUGAGAUAUAUAAACCUCUCAUAGAGCGAUUCUGGCCGGGUCCCCUUACGAUAUUGCUCCCUAAUCCGACUCCGUCGAAAUUGGCCCCUGAAGUGACGGCUGGAUUGAAGACUUUCGGUGUUCGCAUGCCUAAAUCACCUCUCGCUCUUUCACUCAUCAAACUGGCUGGUGCCCCUCUAGCAGCCCCUUCAGCAAACGCAUCAACGAAACCAUCGCCGACUACUGCUGAACACGUGCUUGAAGAUUUAGACGGACGUAUCGAACUAAUUCUCGACGGGGGUCCAUGUUACGUUGGAGUUGAAAGCACUGUGGUAGACGGCCUAUGCGAUCCUCCUGUAAUCCUAAGGCCGGGUGGUGUGGGCAUAGAUGAAUUGCGGAGUUGUCCCGGAUGGGAGCAAGUUGAAAAGGGGUACAAAGACCAGAGUGAAACUGGAAAAUCUGCGCCAAGAGCACCGGGGAUGAAAUACAAGCACUAUAGCCCAAAAGCAAAAGUGGUUUUAUACGAAGCGAAUUUUGAGACUAUUCGGGAUGGUGUGCAGUCUCAAGAUUUAGAAGCAUUCAUCCAGGUUAGACAAGCACAGGAAAUACCAGAAGGGAAAAGCAAAGAGGGCUUGCAAAUCGGGAUAAUACGAACUCGAUAUUGGAAAUCCGCUGCCGGAUUAAGCUGUAGUGAAUUUAAGAAGCAGGAGGCGGUAAAAACGGAAAACGGUCAUGGGGGCCAGGAAACAGUUGAACUCGACGUUGAAGAAGCGGAACUUUAUGAUACCACAGGCGGAGUUUCAAUUGGGAAGCUUAUGGAUAUAAGCAUAGGGGCGGAUACCAGGAGUAUAGCACAGGGGCUAUUCUCGGCAUUACGAGAACUGGAUAGACGAGGCGCAAACAUCAUAUUUGUGGAGGGUACAGUAGACGAUGAAGAUAUCGGCGCGGCCGUCAUGAAUAGACUGCGCAAGGCAGCUUCUCAGAUUAGGUCGUAG